AAAUAAUUUUUUCUAUACGAUCACUAAUCAUUCAAAAUUUACUUUGGCACUCGACCAAUCGCGUACAUUCCUUUCUAAAACAGUCGCUAAUAGAAACAAGCAUUGAUUCUGACAAGAUGGCAGCCACCGCAAGUACACGCUGAUUUCGAUUAAAUCUUUCUAUGUGAAUAGUUUCGUGUGCUUUUGUUAUAUUAAUAUGUAUAAAUUUUUGAAAAAGACACAGUAUAUACCUUUACCAAAUAUUAAUCUUUCAUCGAAACAAUCAUCCAUAAAUCAGUUAUCAUUGUGUUCUUGCAAAAUCUAUCAUUGGAAUGCAUCUUCUGCUGUAUGGUUUACAAAUAAAUGUUAUUUUUGUACAAAAGUUAAUGAUGCAGAGGUAUGUAUUCCUAUUAAAAGAAAGUUUAGAACAAAAAAAAAAUACGUGGAACUACUUGAAGUAACAGAAGAAGUGAUAAGUAAUAAAAAAGCUGCUGUAAAGAAAUUAAAUGCAGCUCAUCUAUCUAAAUUGGUUAAUCAAUCGGAUGUAUCUUUAGAUAAGUUACACAGUAUAAGUAAUAAUGAUCUUAAUAAAAAGGAUAACAAAACAAAUAUAAAAAUGAAAGAUCACAUAAAUGUUCCUACUAAUGUUGAAAUGUUGGAUAGUUUGGAAAAAAAUGCAAAUGGAAAAAGUACUACUUAUGAAGAUCUGAAAGAACUUGAUACAAAUAGUCAUAUACUAUUCAAUGACAAUUUCUAUACUUCAAAAAAAUUUAACAAUAACAAAUUUAUAGAAACAAUUAAUGAUAACUGUAAAUCUGAUAUGUACGAAAAUGAAAUUGGAGAAGGUAUACCACUAGAAAAUAAUUCAGAAAUAAACAAUAUAGUAAAACAUAGUGAUGUUCGAAAGAAUAUUCAAAAGACAUAUUUCAAAAAAAUUAAAAAGAAGAAAGUAAUGGAUCUGAAUGCACAAAUUAUAUUAGCACAAAUAGAUGUUUGUUUAACUUGUAAAAUGUUUGAGAAAGUGCAAAAAUUAUUACAAAUUUUAAUAAAAAAAGUUAAUGAUACAUCAAAUUCAAUACUUCAGGAUGCUUGUAAUAUCAUUCUUGAUUUGUACUCUUCAGACAAAAACCUGACAAGGUUUUUACAAACAUAUAAUUUUAUGAUAAAUAAUUCUGUAACUCCAAAUGCACAAACUUAUGCAGCUGUUUUUGAAUUAAUUGGAAAGAUGACAGAUAAACAACAUCAAUCAGACUUAUUUAAAAAAGUUGAGUCAGAUAUGAUUAAUAAUGGUAUAUCGUUCCAUGAUAUUUUCAAUAACUCAAAAUUCAGAUUACAUCAACCAGAAAAUAUUUUGAAAACGAUACGAAUGUUCCAACCAGAGUAUCAACCGGAAUAUACUAUGCCUCAGACAUCAUAUAAUUGUAAACUUUUAAACAAUAUUAAUGAAAUUAAUUCACGUGAAAAUCCAGUGGAAGGUUUAUUAUCAUUUGAACAAUUAAAGAAUUCAUUAAAUAUGCAGAUGAAACAAGAAAGUCAGUAUAUUGUAUCUAUAAAGAGUAUUGAAAAAUUCGAUCAAAUAAGUCAUGAUAAAUUUUCAUAUUAUAAACAAAAAUUGGCUGAUAUGGAAUCUUCUUGGAGGGAAAUUGUUUCAAAAGCUUUUGAAAAGAAUGUGAAGUACUUAGAGCAAAAAGAGUGUGAUUUAAACUCUUCAAUAUUUAUUCUUCAUCCAUUUUUAAAAGUUCUUCCAACAGAACGAUAUGUAAAUAUUAUCUUACAUGAAAUAAGAAAUCUGUCAGAAAAUUCACAAUCUUAUACUCUACCACUUUCAGUGUUAUAUGCAAACAUAGGAUUCUUAAUUUUUAGGGAAUAUGAGAUAUAUAUUAAGGAAAGAAAUGGUGUUGUAAAUAAGAUAACUGAUAUUUAUGAUAAGUAUUUAAACUGGUACUGUCAAACUGGUCCUUUAAAUAUUCAAUUAGGUGUAAAUAGUCGUAUUGCAUGGAGUAAACUUAUAUAUGAAAAUCAGCAUUAUGGUGCUUCUUUGGAUAGAGAAUCUAUACAUUGGCCUUAUCCCGUGUGUGUAAAUAUAGGCAAAUUUUUAUACCAGAUCAUCAUAAAUGAUAUCAAAAUUAACACAAAUUGUCAGACAACAAAUUCAUCAAUAUGUGAGAAACCAGCAUUUUAUACACUAUUCAGAAGUAAAGGAAAAUCCUUGGUAGAGCAGAUUAAACCUCAUCCUAUCUUACAUAAGCUGUAUAAAGAUACACAAUCAAAUAUAUUAACAUUUGAAGCAGCUUUUUUACCAUCUUUAUGUCCACCACGUCCUUGGAUAUCUAUAAAUUCUGGAGGAUAUGCAUUCAUAAAAACAAAUUUUGUGAGAACUCCAUAUUAUGCGAAAGCUAAACAACUAGAGAUAUUGAAAGAUAUAGCUUCAGAACAACUUUACCCAGCAUUUGAUAAUCUGAAUCAAUUAGGUUCCGUACCAUGGAAAAUUAAUACUGACGUGCUCGAUAUCUUAAUCAAGGUAUUUCAAGAUGGUGGAUCAGUGAAGUUAGAUGUACCAGAAUCGCCUUCCACUUUAUUAAUUACAAAUGAUAUAACAGAAGAUAUAGAUAUAAAAGAUAACACUUGUAUUUCCAAGACAAAACUGCAACUAAAAAAAAAGAAAGAGGAAAUGUAUUCAUUAUGGUGUGACUGUCUUUAUAAACUAUCUCUUGCAAAUCACUUUCGAAAUGAUAUAUUCUGGCUGCCACAUAAUUUAGAUUUUAGAGGAAGAGUAUAUCCUAUACCUCCUCAUUUGACUCAUUUGGGAUCAGACUUGGCACGUUCAAUUCUUAUAUUUGCCCAGAAGAAACCGUUAGGUCCAAAUGGCUUGGAUUGGUUAAAAAUUCAUACUGUUAAUUUAACUGGUUUAAUGAAACGUUCGAGUCUUAAGGAACGGCUUAAAUUUGCAAAUGAAAAUAUAGAUAAAAUUGUGGAUAGUGCAGAACAUCCCUUAACGGGUGAUAUGUGGUGGGCAGAAUCAGAUGAGCCUUGGCAAACCUUGGCAUCAUGUAUAGAAAUAACUAAAGCCCUAAAAUCUUCAAAUAUAGAAAAAUAUGAAAGUGGUCUUCCAGUACAUCAAGAUGGAAGUUGCAAUGGUCUUCAACAUUAUGCUGCACUCGGACGAGAUCAAAGUGGAGCAGAAAGUGUGAACUUACAAUCUGCUGAUAUACCACAAGAUAUUUACAGCGUUGUCGUUAAUAUGGUUGAGAAAUUAAGAUCAAUCGAUGCAGAAAGGAAUGUACGAAUUGCACAAAUAUUAGAAGGAUAUAUAAGUAGAAAAGUUAUAAAACAAACAGUAAUGACUACUGUUUAUGGAGUAACAAAGUAUGGUGCUAGAUUACAAAUUAUGAAACAGUUGACAGAUUUAGAGAAGUUCCCGCAAGAUUAUUCUUGGGAAGCAAGCACAUACUUAACUUACAAAACAUUUGACAGUUUACGAACAAUGUUUAAAAGUGCAAGAGCAAUUCAAGAUUGGUUUACAAAUUGUGCAUAUAUUAUUUCAUCGAUAUUUGGUGAAGCUGUUGAAUGGAUUACACCUUUAGGAUUUCCAGUUUUACAACCAUAUUCUAAAUAUAACAAAACCAAUAAUCAAAUAAAUAACAUAGAGAGAAUAGAUACUCUUAAACAAAAAAAUUCAUUUCCUCCGAAUUUUAUUCAUUCUUUGGAUUCUAGUCACAUGAUGCUUACUAGUUUAUUUUGUGAACAAGCUGGCAUAACAUUUAUGUCAGUUCAUGAUUGUUAUUGGACACAUCCUUGUACUAUUGAUAUAAUGAAUAAGAUUUGUAGAGAACAAUUCGUUGCUCUCCAUUCAGAGCCUAUUUUGGAUAAUUUCUCAAAGUAUCUUCAUGAAAGAUAUUUAAAGGAGAGCAAUCCUGUAUUACGUACAUUUAGUGAGAAUGAAAUAAUAAAUAUAAAAAAUAAUUUCAAUUCUGUACCAAAGAAAGGUUCGUUCCAACUUGAUAAUGUUUUAAAAUCUGUAUAUUUUUUUAGUUAAUUAUCUGAAUCCACUCAUAGCUAAAUCUGAAUAUAAAAUAUAUUUUAUUAAUAAUACGUUAGUAGUUUUACUAUUUUCGUAUAAUUAUAGAUCAUUAUGACAAAAAAUCAUGUAAAAUAUAUUAUUCGAUAGACUUAAAAAAAAAAUACUGUAAAAUUAAUAAAUUUAAUGCUAUAA